GUUUAGUUUGUUCAGUCAUUAUUUACGCAAAUCGGUGGACACACCUGAUGGUAUUCUAAUUCGCACGCGCAAGGAGAUCGUACGUCGCCAUGAUCGCUUCUAUCAUUCAGUUGUUACUCGUGUUUAUUCUGUGUUGUUUGAUUGUGUUUUAUUUCUUCUCACGAAGUAAUUAUGGCUACUGGAAAGACAGAGGCGUUCCUUACGAUGAGCCCAAACUAUUCUUUGGAAGCCUUUCGUUUCUCAUGAGAACUAGUGCUUGGGAUGUUUUCUACUGCUUAAGCAAGAAGUAUAAAUGUGAUUAUUUCGGAAUAUUUCUGUCAUGGAAACCAGCCCUUGUGAUACAUUCGAAGGAACUUGCGAAGAAAGUUAUUGUGAAAGAAAGUGAUAGUUAUCAAGAUAGAUACAUCGCUUCAGGCGUCGAUGACGACCCUUUGGGAGCGCUGAAUUUAUUUACUAUUAAGAGUCCGAUGUGGAUGCAAAUGAGGCAUGAAAUAACACCAACAUUUACAAGCAUGCGAUUGAAGAACAUCACUGAAAUAAUGAACAUCAACUCCAAAGAAGUAGUGAACAGGAUCCAGAAGGACCAUGUUGAUAGCAACAAGCCUGUUGAUCUUAAGAAACUCUUCUCCAUGUACACAUCUGACACGUUGGCAUACAACGUGUUUGGCAUUCAAGUGAGCUCCCUGAAGGAUCUGACCUCGCCUAUCUUCUUCAUCACUCGCUAUAUGAUGAGGUGGACAUUUUGGAGAGGGCUGGAGUUCACCAUGAUCUUCUUCCUUCCUGCUGUUGCUAAACUUCUCAGAUUAAAACUCUUUUCUCAAACUGCAACGGAAUAUACAAAAAAGUUAUACCGUGAAGUAGUUGCAGAACGGGAGAAAACUGGUCACACUGGCGACAAGGAUCUCGUUAGUCAUUUGUUGAAGUUAAACGCCAACUCAAAACUACCCGCCGAAUCUGGCUCACAAUUAUCGGAAAACUUAAUGAUGGCUCAGGCCGCUUUUUCCAUAUUGGGUUCAAUGGAAACGUCAUCCACAACCAUGUCGUAUGUACUGCACGAGCUGGCACAUCACCCUGAUGAACAGGAAAAACUUUACGAGGAAAUGAGCGAAGCAUUGAAGGAAAGUGGCAAAGACGUUCUGGACUACGACGAUUUGUUGAAAGUCAAAUACUUAACCGCGUGCAUUCAAGAAACGUUGAGAAUGCAUCCUCCAGUGCCACACUUGGACAGGAUGUGCAAUAAAAAGAACCAGUUGACGGAUGAGCUGACAGUAGAAGCUGGUACACCGGUGUUCGUGAACGUAGUGGCCAUCCAUUAUAACGAGGAAUAUUUCCCGGAGCCCGAGCAGUGGCGUCCUGACAGGUUCAACAACUCCACCGACACUGAUAACCAUGAUUUCACCUUCAUACCGUUCGGUGAUGGGCCGAGAUUCUGCAUAGGUAAACGCUACGGCAUGAUGCAAAUACGAGCAGUCAUCGCUCAAAUUAUCAAGAAGUACAGAAUAGAGCCCGAUGGACCUCAGACUUGGCAGACGGACCCCUACAGCGUGUUCCUAAGGCCUAAGCAUGGCGGGAAGGUCAAGUUCAUUCCCCGAUCAUGAUAUAGAAGAUAUUAUUAUUCUAGUGUCAUACUGUAAAUAUAGGUAUUAUUAAUUUUAAUUUGAUGUUUGUUGAUAAAAUUUUCAUCUAAUAAAAAAGUAACUGAAAAAAAUACCCGUGCCAAAAGUCAAAAAUAAAAUGGGUGUUGUUUUUUACGUCGUGGUCUCGCCAAGUUGAAAGCAAAUUGUACCUUGAUCGUUGAAAACUAAAGCCGCAUCUGCUGGAAAAUCGGCCAAGAAUUAAAAACGGCUGCCAAAUCGGUUCAGCCGUUUCCACACACAGAUACAAAUAAUAGUCAAAAGUAAAGUUAUAUAACAAUUAAA